UGUGCCUGACCUUACUCAGCUGCAGGCAUGAAUAACCAAGGAGUUACGUACGCGGAACUCAAUCAGGUUAAGUACUCAAAAAAACAGAAAAUACCGAAGGGCACUAUAAGUUCCAUUUCAGUAACUGAGCAGGAAAUAACCUAUGCAGAAUUAAAUCUUCAAAAUGCUUCUCAGGACCUUCAAGGGAGUGGCAAGGACUCGCACUGCAAAGGGAAACUUAUUGCUGGGACCCUGGGAAUCCUCUGCCUGGUCUUGAUGUCCACCGUGGUCACAAUAGCUGUUAUUCACUGUACUGACACACCAGAACAGAACAAUUCUUCCCUGGAAACAAGGGUCCAGAAAGCUUAUCAUUGUGGACGCUGUCCAAAAGAGUGGCUUAUAUAUUCCAACCACUGCUAUUACAUCAGCACUGAAAAAAAACCAUGGAAUGGGAGUCUGAUGUCCUGUGCUUCUAAGAAAUCUAGCCUGUUCUACAUAGAUAAUGAAGACACGUAUUUGUUGACCUUCGUCAUUCAUUCUUCAUGGAUUAUAGUCCCCCCGAGCAGCAAUAAUAGUUUGUCUGUGUCACGAAAAGACUUAAGACUCUUUCCCAAAGGGUUGUCAGCAUCCUCAGAGAGUGACCGGAAUUGUCCAUAUUUCAAUUUUGAAUCCUACAUAACGUCUCUUGUGUCCUGUUUAGAAGAAAGACCAUAUGUUUGUAAGCAUCAAGCACUAGUUACCUAAUUUUGGUAUAAUGCUAUCACACCAUCUAAAGAGCGUAUCUUUAUCUUCUUCAAAGCCACACAAUUGUUUUCUCCGAGUAUUUUUAAGAUGUUAUUGUUAGAGCAAUUUUAGGUUCACAGCAACAUUAAGAGGAAGAUACAGAGAUUUCCUAUAUUGUUCUUGUCUAUGCACAUGCAUAACGUCUCCCAUUACCAAUAUCACUCACUAACGUAGUCCGUUUAUUACCAACGAUGAAUCCACGGUGAUACAUCAUAAUCACCCAAAACCCAAAGUGUACCUCGGGUUUCAACCUUGGUGUUGUAGAACUAUUUUUCAAUGUUUAUUUAUAUUACUGUAAAUAAUAUAGUCUCAGGAACAUGUAAUACAUUUCUUAAGUUUUUGAUAUUUGUUAAACUAAAUUAUAUUUAAGUUACAAGAUAUAAUUAAUAUCAAGCACUGCUAUUGUAAAGUCUUCAAAAAGAUGAACAAUUCCACUCAGAUUUCAAAAAUUAAUUGACUUGUCCUACCCCUUAAAUGGGCUGCAAAAGAAGGUUGAACAAUCCAGGGAGGCAGGGUUUUUAGUCAGAAUUGAGGCAAGAGACAGAAACCUGGAGAAGUUUGAGUUAAACAAUUAUCUAUUUUUAAGGGAAAGUUUGUAAGAGGAAAGCCUACGAAGAGGAAAGGCUAGUAAGAUAAAGAAAACGAUAAGAAUGUCUUAGGGUUAAAAGGAGGACCCAAGGGAGGGAUCACUGGGAAGCCAAGUCUACUCUCUGAAGAUGGGAUUGAAAUGUCACUGAAGACAGUAUGGCUGCCCACAGCUUCAUGGCAGACAUACUCACUGGAUUGUUCCGGGACAGAGGAGCUCCACAGUCCACAGACUGAACUAGUUGAUAAUGAAUCUCAGGUUGUGAUGGGCAAGGAGAAAGAAUUUCCUGCCAGAGUGUUAGGAGUCACAGACCCGAGGGCUAGAAACUGACUGGUACUGGAUACUAAAGCCUGCUAGAGGCUGACGUGCAAGCAUCCAGCUGGCAACCAAAUCAUAGCAGCCAAAGGCGAAAAUACCAUGAAACCUGGAAGAAGAACCCUUUCUGUUGCAGUGUCUCUCCAUUGUCUUCUGCUGACAGAAUCUCAUGUAAGCUGACAAGGUAGUUAGUAAGAUCUACCUCCAUUAUCUGAGAACAGGGCACCGAGGUAAAGAUUUGGAGCUGAAAGUACUAAAUUGUUAACGGGCACUCAGGGCUGAGAUGCAACAACCACAGGAUUGCUAUAUGAGUCAUUCAGAUCUAUCCACUUCCUCAGAAAAUCAAACCAAAGUGCAGCACUAAUAUUUCAUUGUUUGGUGAGGAUUGGCUUUUCAUUAGAUAAUAACCAGUGUCCUUGGAUACUUUUUCUUGAGUGUCGUUUUCCCCAUCUGGACUUCGGAUAUUUUGCACGAGAUCUGGUUUUAUCAAAUUCCUCUUGUCCCCACUUUUGUCAUUCUUUACUACCGUGCUAGAAAAUAUUUUGAUAUAAAAAAUAAUGUUAAAUUGUGAACAAAACAAUGAUUAAAAGUCUAAGGAUGUUUGCAUGGGUCAAAUAGCUAGUUAUUGUCAGAAUUUAGAACAAACGUCUGUAGUUUGAUAAUAAUGCAGAGAUAUUCUCGCUCUAAUUCAAGUACAGGGGAAGAGCGAUUAAACUUGAUUAUUAUUUGCAAAAUAAAUUCAUAUUUCAUAUACAUUGAUCUCUUUGAAGAUAACAUAUUUUUAAAAUUCUAUUAAUUACUCCUUAUGCUCAUAGAGAAAUUAUAUGAAUAUUUAAAAUCAUGUUUAAUUAUAUGUAAUCGGUAGCUGUAAUUAAUUGCUAAAUUUGUGUUGCAGACAACCCAAGAUUGCAUUGGCCUUAAAAAUAAGUCUUUAUUUCUCAUUCACCAGUUUGUGGUUUGGUUAUGUUUUAUUUGAUCAAGGCUGGGCAUGUAUGGACUUGGCUCUAGACUACAAUUCAGCUCAGAUCUGUUUUUCAUAUUUUAUUCUUAGAAUAGUAGGCUACUUGGCAUAUGAUCUUUUCUAGCAGAGAUAGCAACGAGCAUAAUGUGCUUCUUGAUGCCGGAACUCAUUGCUAUCCCAUUCCCACUCACAUUAUAUUGUGAAACAAG